GAAAUCAUUCUCGGUGAAUAACGCUGGACCACUCAGAAAGUUUGUGGCUGAGAGCUGGACCCUCGUCAUCACCAAGCACUUUGUCACUGAGACAGAGUAACCCAUGGUUACUGAGCUCAGAUCAGUUAAGGGGCAGAGAGCCUCCCCUCCUCACUGCUCUAUAAAAGAGACCCAGCAAAGGGACCCUACCAGCUUCUAGCUCUCAGCCUGGGGGAGCGCGUGGGAAGCAAAGCCCAGACCUGCGGAGCAGAAAGCACCAGCUGCAGAGGCAAGGCCGGCAUGGCUCCCACUUUCAAACUUCAGUGUCACUUCAUUCUGAUCUGCCUGAUGGCUCUAAGAGGGGAGAGCCGGUACCUGGAGCUGCGGGAAGCUGUGGACCACGACCCUUUCCUACUCUUCAGCGCCAACCUGAAGCGGGAGCUGCCGGGGGAGCAGCUGUACCGCCGCGCUAUGCGGUGCCUGGACAUGCUGAGCCUCCAGGGCCAGUUCACCUUCACCGCCGACAGGCCGCAGCUGCACUGCGCCGCCUUCUUUAUCGCAGAGCCCGAGGAGUUUAUCACCAUCCACUACGAACUGGUCUCCAUCGACUGUGAGAGCGGGGACUUCCUGAAGGUAUUUGAUGGUUGGAUUCUCAAGGGGGAGAAGUUCCCCAGUUCCCAGGAUCACCCUCUCCCCAUGACUGAGCGGUACAUAGAUUUCUGUGAGAGUGGUCUUAGCAGAAGGAGCAUCAGAUCCUCCCAGAACGUGGCCAUGAUCUUCUUCCGGGUCCACGAACCAGGAAAUGGGUUCACAUUAACCAUAAAGACAGAUCCUAACCUCUUUCCCUGCAAUGUCAUCUCCCAGACCCCAAAUGGAAGGUUUACUCUGGUCGUGCCACAUAAGCAUCGCAACUGCAGCUUCUCCAUAAUUUAUCCUGUGGUGAUCAAAAUAUCUGAUCUCACCCUGGGACACUUAAAUGGUCUGCAAUUAAAGAAGUCCUCAGCAGGUUGUGUGGGAAUAGGAGAUUUUGUGGAGCUGCUGGGAGGAACUGGACUGGACCCUUCCAAGAUGAUGCCUUUAGCUGAUCUCUGCUAUCCUUUUCAUGGCCCUGCCCAGAUGAAAAUUGGCUGUGACAACACGGUGUUGCGCAUGGUCUCCAGCGGAAAACAUGUAAAUCGUGUGACUUUUGAAUACCGCCAGCUGGAACCAUACGAACUGGAAAACCCGAAUGGAAACAGUAUCCAGGAAUUCUGUUUGUCUACUCUUUGAAUAACCAAGCCAAUGAUUUCCAUGCUCCUAGCUAAGGGAGUUUUUAAUGGCUGUUAUAUAUGAUUUUGAUGAGCAGCUAGUUAAGAACCUUUCAUACCAGUCAGUAUUCCCAAACUUGAGCACAUAUCACACACACUAAAUUUUGUACCUUGCUGCUUUUUCGUUUGUAAGAUAUAAAUGACCACAUGGAAGAAAAUAAACCCUCCCCCCGACCCCAGUAGAAAACCAGUUUCCAGUAAUUCUUUGAUAUGCUACCAACCUGAACUGGUAAGACAAGUGCAAAGAAAUGUGCAAUAAAAACUUGUAUCUCAAGGGAAAAUACUACAAAGAACUAAAAAUGUUAGUGCUCUUAUCAGUUUUAUGACAGAAAACGCAUGUCCGUGUGUACCAAAGUAGUUGCAUCUAUUUAUUUUCUGCUUAUUAUUCUGUUUAUAGUAGAGAAUAGUUGUAGCUAGUAUUAUUUAUUGAUUUGUAACAACUUGUUUUUAACAAACAUUUGUAGCAUGUAAAACACUUUGCAUCCGUAAAUCCAAACAUGAAUAAACAUGUUCAGAAUGUUGGCACC